CACUUCCUGUAGGGACUGAAAACCAAGUGAGUAGAUGAAGGAUUGCACCGCACCACACCAGAGAAUACAGAGAGGAUAGACACCGCAGAUAGAUCCUGACCCUCACUCAAGGAACAACUGCACAACUGGGAAGACAUCCAGUUCCUUCAUAGCAUUGCUCAACACAGAGAAGGUUUGGCGGUGAAACCAUCAUCUGGGAAUUGGUUAGGUCAGAUCUGAAACUGGUCAGUGGUGUGGAACCUUCCAUCAGAACCAACCUUUCUGAAUGUUCAGCUGUAAGCGAUUGUUCAGGGUGAGUCUGGGAAGAAGUGUGAGUGGGCUCCAAGUGUGGGGAGAGCUUCAAUCAUUCAUCGAGCCUAAUGAGCCACUGACUCAUUCCUACAGGUGAGAGGCUGUUCAAGUGUGAGGUGUGUGAGGAGGGCUGAAGUGUGUGAGGAGGGCUCCACAGGCUCAUAAAAUCUGCUGAUACACAAGGUAGAACUGUUCUGACUACUGUGAAGACAAGGGGAGCUAUAUGAAAGAGAAAAAUUUCAAUUGUGAGGUUUGAGAUAAAGCUCCUUUGGCAUCUUCGAGCCUCCUGAGACACCAGAAGAACCACACCGGGGACAAACCCUUCUGGUGUGACGUUUGUGAGAUGGCUUUUACACAGUCAUCUGAUCUCUUGAGGCGCCAGAGUGUUUACGCAAGAGAGAAACCGUUUACAUGUGAAGUGUGUGACAAAUCAUUCUCAAGGUCAUCGAUCCUCCACGUACAUCAACACAUUCAGACCAGGGAGAAACUGUUCAUGUGUGAGGUGUGCAACAAAUCAUUCUUUGAUGCAUCAACCCUCCAUAGACAUCAAAGCAUUCACACUGGAGAGAAGCCAUUCAAGUGCGAGGUGUGCAAGAAAUCAUUCUCACAGUCAUGGACCCUCCGUGUACACCAACGCAUUCAUACAGGGGAGAAACCAUUCAUGUGCGAAGUGUGCAACAAGUCAUUCUCGCAGUCAUCGACCCUCCGUGUUCACCAACACGUUCACACAGGGGAGAAACCAUUCCCAUGCAGAUUAUGCAACAAGUCAUUCCCGAGUUCAUCGCAAUUCCUCAGGCACCAGAACGUACACACUGGGGAGAGACCAUUCACAUGUGACGUGUGCAACAAAUCAUUCUUGAACUUGUCAUCCCUCCAUCAGCACCAACGCAUUCAUACAGGGGAGAAACCGUUCACCUGCCAGGUGUGCGACAAGUCUUUCUCACAGUCAUCACACCUCCAUAUACACCAACGCAUUCACACAGGGGAGAAACCGUUCACGUGUAAGGUGUGUAACAAGUCAUUCUCACGGUUAGCGCACCUCCGCAUUCACCAAUACAGUCACACAGGGGAGAAACCAUUCACAUGUGAGGUGUGCGACAAGUCAUUCUCACAGUUAGCGAGCCUCCGCAUUCACCAACGCAUUCACACAGGGGCGAAACCAUUCACAUGUGAGCUGUGCAACAAGUCAUUCUCACAGUCGUCAAGCCUCCGCAUUCACCAACGCAUUCACACAGGGGAGAAACCGUUCACAUGUGAGGUGUGCGACAAAUCAUUCUCACGGUUAGCGAGCCUCCGCCAACACCAACACAGUCACACAGGGGAGAAACCGUUCACAUGCAAGGUGUGCAAUAAGUCAUUCUCUCGGUUAGCACACCUCUGCCAACACCAACGCAGUCACACAGGGGAGAAACCUUUCACAUGCGAGAUGUGCAACAAGUCAUUCUCACAGUUAGCGAGCCUCCGCAUACACCAACGCAUUCACACAGGGGAGAAACCAUUCACAUGCGAGGUGUGUGACAAGUCAUUCUCACAGUCAUCAAGCCUCCGCAUGCACCAACGCAGUCACACAGGGGAGAAACCAUUCACAUGCGAGAUGUGCGACAAGUCAUUCUCGCAGUUAGCAAGCCUUCGCAAACACCAACGGAGUCACACAGGGAGAAACUAUUCAUAUGCGAGGUGUGCGACAAGUCAUUCUUGCAGUUAAUGACCCUCCAUGGACACCAAUAAAUUCACACUGGGGAAAAGCCAUUCAUAUGUGAGGUGUGUAAAAAAUCAUUCUCCAAGUCAUCGACUCUCCGUACACAUCAGCGCAUUUACAUAGGGGAGAAACCAUUCACAUGCAGGUUAUGCAGCAAGUCAUUACUGAAUUCAUUGCAAUUCCUCAUGCACCAACACAAAAAUUGAAAGGAAUACCCGAGAGACCGAUUUCUCCAAGGGCUAGGUCAUUGGAAUGGGAUCAAAUUCAGUUGCAAAUAAAAAUAUUGGAACUAGUGGCAGCAGAAAAAGAAAGAGCAGAGAAAGAACGAAAAGGAAAGAAAAAGGGAAUUCCAAAGGGGACAGACAGAAAGGCAGGAGAGAGAAAGAAAACAGGAAAUGGAAUUAGAAAUGGCGAGGUUGGAAAAGGGGGAAAAGAGAAAAAGAGAGAGACGGAGAAUUCCAGCUUAAAAUGCUGGCAGUUAAAAUAGAAAUACCAGAUGGUGAGGGAGGACUUAUUUCCAGAUCAGAACUCAGUGGAGAGAUGUUUAAAUUUGUGCAAGCUCUUCCAAAGUUUGAAGAAAAAAA